CAGUACUCACACCUUCAGGCAGGAGAGGGAAAGAGAAAAGCUGAAUAGUACAUACGAGAAAUCAGAUGCAGCUUGAAAAGAACAAACCUUGCCUGUAUCUUUUUUCCCUUUCUUGAGCGAAGAUAAAGGGAACACGCGAGAAAGAAGGGUACAGUGCCACUUAAUCGGUAGAAAAAUGAUGGUCUCUCUUUUGACAUUGCGACUUUCGCGUUCUAUCAUGCGUUCCAUGAUUAUCAUGUGAGAAAGAGAGAGUACCUUCUUCAUACACGUAUUUUCUACAAAUUUUACGGACGUCAACCUGCGUCAACCUCGUCUUGUUAUUUUCUAUUGCGUACUUUACUUGAGAAUGGAAGACGCAGAGUGUUUCUGAUGAGUAAACAGGAUUCAUCGGAAGACAUCGAGAAAUUUAAUACCCUUUGAUAAUAAGCAUUUUACAAGAUUUCUGUAACGCUCCAAAUGGAUGAGAAGCAGACAGAAAAUCCAAUCUCUAUUGACCGUUUAGACAAUACUAAUGUACCUGUGAUAACAGCUGACUUAGAGAUGCUUACCAUAGACACUAAUCCUCCGCCUACAGAAACUAAGAGGGUUCUUAGGAAAAGGAUGCCAAAGCCUGUUUCUACAGAAAUCCUUAAUCGAAGGUGUAGCCUCAGACCAAAAAAGAGGAGGAUCUCUGAAGUGGAGGCACAGGAAGAGACCAUCAAGGAGUAUUAUUUGGACAGAAACUUAAAUAAGAAGUCAAAUAAUCUCGAAACGAUAUACGAAGAAAACGACAAUGCAAGCGAUGAUACUGCGAUACGUAUGAGUGCAAAGAGAUUUAAGAGAAUGUUGAUGUUCUCCCCUACAGCUUCCAAGCUGAAGAAGAGACGCGCGAAGAUACAGAGAGUCUUCGGAUCUAAGAUCAGGUAUACGAGACGUGGUUCGAUGCAGGCUCUUGUAGAUAAGUUAAAUACUAUCAGAGAGAGCUCACCAAUGAAAAUCGAUAAUGAACUCAAAUGAUACCAGAUUCUUCCGUGACAUGUUUAAAUGUCAACGCCAUUUUUCUAAGAUCUCUGAAGGAUAAUACACACUACUUCAGGAUUUCGUGAACCGUUUGCUUCUAUAUUUCUUGCACAUGUGAGAAUAUAAAAAAGAUUGCGUUUGAAGCAUUCAAAAGGAAUCAAGAAAUCGUUUUGUAAUAAUAUUUAGAUGGAGAAAUCUGCAUUUUCAUCUAUUAUAAUGUUAUACCAUAUGGAAUUCUACAGGCAUUUUACUCGAUUCUCGCAACAUCGAUUUACAUGUUCUGAAAUACAUCAACACAAGCGUAUAAGGACCAUAAAUGAUGUGUGAACGUAUUUCUAUUUGAGCAUGUUUGAGAUUUCGCUUAUAUUAUUAAGAGCAAUAUACAUGUCAUAUUAUAAGGAGCAAUAAUGUAUCUUUUAGUCCUUUAGAGCUCCUACUUCCUCACUGCAGCUGUAAACUUGAAUUGUGGCAUAAAAAAAAGAAUAAUUUAACACUUAAAAAAGAAUUAGUAUCUGUUAUUUUUGAUUUUUUAUGUAAUUCAAUCUAGUAAUGAGGAGAUAGGAGCCUUCAAUAUAGUUCGUACCACAUAUUGCAUUUGUAAUUCAGGUUCAAUUCAAAAUUUAUAUAUAUAUAUAUAUA